UAUUCCGUUCAGUACCGUGCUAUCCUUGACCGUGUUCGCGUUUUGUGAGGUAGUAAAUUCGUUCGGUUUGUUGGUUUCGCAACAAGGAAGAAUCCGGCCAGCUCAGCAGGGGGUGUUGGAUGGAUGGCCAACAAAAAAAAGCAAGCCACCCCCCACAAUCACCCUAGUGCGCGUAGUCAUGUGUUUCGCUAGGUUCUCGCAUCAACGAUCACGUGUGACGCACCGGUUCUAGUGUGCGUGUUUUGUGUUUAGAGAUGUUUUGCUUGCGCCUGUUUUCGUAGUGUGUCUUUGAAUUGAUAGGUUGGUACGGAAGCUGGAACCACCCUCCCGAGGGGGGAAGAAGCGGAAAGGGGAGUGUUGGGAAAUAUAUAAAAGAAGGAAAAUGUUGCCAUAAAAAUGUGACAGCUCUCACUUUCGCUGAUGCCAUCAAAAAAACACCACCAGCCCCCACCCAAUUCGUACCAAUGUCAACAGUCAGCGGUAGUGUACCGUGUCACCGGUCGCAGGGGCCAGACAAAUCGACGACACGCAGUUUUCGGUUUGGCCGUACGACUGGCCAUGCCAUACUGUUUCGACGCGUGCGAGGUUUCGGGUGGAAAAACAAGUGUCAAGAUCCGUUGUGUGUAAACAAAGUCAUUCGCACGCGUGCGAAGCGUUUUGUUUUGAGUGGUGUGUCUAUUAAAUAGAGUGUAAGUAAGUGACGGAAAUUAGCUAUACGUCCUGGUAAGUGAAAAAAAAACACAGGCAAAAGCGGUUUUGAUUUUUUUGGUGCAAAUAUAGCACAUAAAAUCCGUCAAAGAAUCCAUUCAAGUGAAGCUACAUUUUGUGAUAGUGUUUAAACCCGGGAAAAGAGCUUAUACGGUGCUGCUGAAAAAAAAUUAAAACAAAAAAGUGUUCCCCACUAAAAGCUGCACCUUUUGUGAAAAAUAAUUCCAAUAACCAACCAUAGCUAAAGUGCCAAUUUUUACAAGUGGCAAAGUGUCUGUGUCUGCCCGCAAUGCUACACGUACACGGGCACUGAAGUUGAUACGUACGGCGUGAGAAAAAAAAGGGAAGCAUUUUGGAAGCUGUAUUUUCUUUCUACUCACCCACAUCACCGACCUCUGCGUACGUUUUCCACGCGAAGUGCUCAACUGCGAGCAAUAGCGGCCAAUCCCGCAAAACCGGUAAAGGAGAGAGAGUUCGAAUUAGCAUAAUAAUUCAGCUUCAACUAUACUAUCCGGCAACCCGGGUGGAGUACGAAACCCGGGCUGGGGGCGGCAAAUAUUCAUCCGAAAAAGAGGUUUUAGUGGUUUUGGUGUAUGAAAUAUCGGUCACAUUAUCGCUAAUGUUGCUGCCUGAUCCAUCGGGCAUACCGUACCCAGCAGCUGAAGUGUCACGCGACCUCUCUGGCUUCCCUGGUCCCUUGGGUUCCCGCUAAUGUUGGUGGUGUACAGUGUUGACCGUGUUGGUGGACCGUAGUGGUUGGCUAGUGGUUGAAGAAAGAUUUCUUUUAUUUGAAUGCCAAAAGGACAGCAGUACCGUACCGGUACCGGCAGCACGGUACCAUCGGUUCCGUAACCAUGAGGUAUUCCAUCGUUGCGAAGUGGAAAUUUAUCGUCUGUGGAUUAAUUUUGGCAGCAUCCUUCAUUACCGGUUCCGGUACGAGUAGAAUUUUCGAUAUUGAAAACAUUCCCGUGGUCAAGUACGUAGCGGUAGCGGGCAAAAACAUUACCCUCGACUGUCCGGGCGUUAACGAGCGUUCGCUGGUGGAGACGCUGGUUUGGCGUACGUCCCAUACCAUAGCCGAGUACGUCAACGGUUUACCAUUGGUCAGCAAUCAGCGGCUCACACUGGUGGUUGAUAAUUUUAGUUUGGUUCUCAGCCCUGCCACCGCUUCCGACACGGCUGAGUACAGCUGCCUGCUGAACGAUCGGCACAGUCCGGACGCCAUCGUUGACUUGCUGGUACAAGAUGUACCUGACCCGCCCGGACGUCCGCUAGUCGUAAGCUUCACGUCACGUUCGGUCGAUUUAUCCUGGGCCCACUCGCAGGAUCCCCGAAAUGCACCGGUUACAAAUUUCAUCAUCGAAACAAGAAUUGGCGAAAAUGGUGAGUGGGAGCUGGAACCACCGAUACACACGAAAAGCAGCCAGGCCGCACAUCAGGUGACAGGGCUACAGCCAUUCACCGUUUAUAGCUUCCGGGUUAUCGCCGUCAACAAGCUUGGCCAUAGUCAACCGUCAAAAGAAUCGUAUUACUUCGUUACAUUGCGUGAAGCACCGACGGGAAAACCGGUAACAACAAUCGCACACAACACGUCCGCCACCUCUGUAUAUAUCUCGUGGAAGGCACCACCGCCCGAAUCGAUACUAGGCGAGUUUCUCGGCUACCGGAUAACGUACCGGCCCCGGGACUACCACACGGACGACGUCAAGGAGAUCUACAUUCGCGAUAGUGCCGUCGAGAACCACGAAAUUCAUAACCUCGAAACGUACACGCAGUAUCUGGUCUCGAUACAAGUGUUCAACCCGGAAGGAUUAGGACCGCCGACGACCGUUCUGGUUAUGACAGAUGAAGGAGAACCAAGCCCACCCCAGAACCUGACCGUGCUGGAGGUAACUUCUACCACCAUCAAGCUGACCUGGCGCGAACCCGAAAAAGCUAAUGGAGCGAUCCAUGGAUACCGUGUGUACUACAUUCAUCAGAACCAAACCGAUCUGCACAUGCCGAUCUUGAAGCUGAACGAAAUGCAAAACUCUGUCUAUCACUAUACGCUCUCGAAUUUAAAACCAUUUGCCGAAUACCGUAUCCUAGUGACGGCCUUUACGAAAAAACACGACGGCAAACCGUCGGAGGUAACGCAACGUACCGAUGUCAGUGGUCCCAGCGCACCGAAGGUGGUCAACCUGACGUGCCAUUCGCACAACGCACUGUACUACGGUUGGCGCAUUCCACAAACCUUUUACAACACGAUCGAUCUGUACAUAAUCAGCUAUCGGAAUAUCGCGUACCACGAGUUUCGCGAUAUUCGCAUCACGGUGAAUUCUUCCAUCAUGGAAACUUCGCUAAUAAUUCCAAAUCUUACGAGCAAUGCAGCGUACGAGGUGAAAGUACGUGCAGCAUCGGCGAGCGUUUUCGAUCCGAAAAAAAUCAUUCUCGGAUCGUAUUCCGAACCGCGGAAGAUUUCUCUCCAACCGAACUGUGAAAAAGCUCCGCUAAAGUCGCAAAGACAAGCGUACGAUGAUUACAACUUGGCCGUACUGGCGGGCAUCGUCUUUAGCUUUUCUGCCCUGCUGCUGAUCGUGUUGGGACUCAUUCUGUGGAAGAAAUGCUUCCACGCUGCAUAUUACUAUCUCGACGAUCCACAACCCUGUCAGGGCGCGCAGGCUGGUCUCAUAGACUGGGAAGGACCGAGCGAAGUCGGUGGUGAAGUACGCUGUCCAGUGGCGGUCUCCGAUUUCGCGAAACAUGUUGCCCAACUGCAUGCGGACGGUGAUAUCGGUUUCAGCAAGGAGUACGAAGCGAUUCAGGGCGAGGCGCUUAACUAUGAGUACCCAUCGGAGAACUCGCAGCAUCCGGAAAACAAGGGCAAGAAUCGAUACUUGAAUGUAAUCGCCUAUGAUCAUAGCCGGGUGCAUCUGCGGCAAGUGCCAGGCCAGAAGAAACAUCUUGACUACAUUAAUGCUAACUUUAUCGACGGUUACCAAAAGCCGCGCGCAUUCAUCGGCACUCAGGGUCCGCUCCCCGGCACAUUCGAUUGCUUUUGGCGUAUGGUGUGGGAGCAGCGUGUCGCCGUAAUCGUAAUGAUAACGAACCUCGUGGAACGAGGCCGCCGGAAAUGUGAUAUGUAUUGGCCAAAGGAUGGUACCGAAACGUACGGCAUUAUACAGGUACGGUUGGUGAAGGAGGACGUGAUGGCGACGUACACCGUGCGUACGCUCCACAUUAAGCAUCUGAAAAUGAAGAAAAAGAAACAAUCGCAAAUGGAAAAAACCGUAUACCAGUAUCACUAUACGAACUGGCCCGAUCAUGGUACACCCGACCAUCCGCUGCCGGUGAUUAACUUUGUGAAAAAGUCCACCACCGCUAACCCAGCGGACGGUGGUCCGAUUGUGGUACACUGUUCGGCUGGUGUUGGCCGUACGGGGACAUUUAUCGUGCUGGAUGCAAUGUUGAAACAGAUCGAAGCGAAAGGUUCACUGAACGUGUUUGGCUUUCUGCGAUACAUACGGGCCCAGCGGAAUUAUCUGGUACAAACGGAGGAACAGUACAUUUUCAUACACGACGCACUGGUGGAAGCGAUCGCUAGCGGAGAGACGAACAUUAAGAUGGAAGCGAUUGGUGGCUUAGUAAACCAUCUGGAUUACAUCGAUGCACAGUACAAGCUUAUCGUGAGUUAUCAGCCAAAGGAAAUCAAUUUGACCUCCUCGUUGAAGCCGGUAAAUGCAAUCAAAAAUCGCAGCUCGUUGGUCCCGCUAGAGGGUAGCCGGGUACAUCUCACACCCAAACCGGGCGUUGAAGGAAGUGACUACAUCAACGCUACCUGGCUGCAUGGAUUCCGCCGGCUGCGAGACUUUAUCGUCACCCAGCAUCCGCUGAUCGAGACUUUUAAAGACUUUUGGCAGAUGGUAUGGGAUCAUAACGCACAAACCGUGGUGCUGCUUUCGUCGGUGGAUAAUAUGUCUUUCUUGCAAUUUUGGCCUAACGAAUCGGAACCGAUAGAGAGCGAUUACUAUCGCAUUCGGAUGGUGUCGGAAACGUCCGAGGACAAUUACAUCGUGCGGAACUUUGUCAUCCAGUCGAUACAGGACGAUUAUGAGCUGAGCGUUAAGAUGCUGGAAAAUCCGGCCUGGCCCGAUAUGAACAAUACUCGUUCGAUAUUUGAUUAUGCUGUGCGCGUUCACGAACGCUGCAGUGAGUACAGGAAUGGUCCGAUCGUGGUCGUGGAUAGAUACGGCGGAUUCCAGGCAUGCCAGUUUUGCGCAAUAAGCUCGCUAGCAAUGCAACUAGAGUACGAUCAAACGGCAAACAUUUACACCUAUGCGAAGCUGUACCACAACAAGCGACCGGGCAUCUGGACCUCGUACGAUGAUAUCCGGCAGAUCUAUCGGAUACUUUCCUACAUGCCGAAAGAUCUCGGUCUGCUCAAGUGUACCGAGUUGCGCACGGAGUUCGACGAUGCAGCCAUGAUGACGGCAACACCGGAUCUGUACAGCAAGAUCUGUAGCAACGGUAGCAUUAACAAUCAGCUUACGGGCGGAACGCCGGACGGUGUAGGGAAUGGAACCGCAACGACAACUACAACGACUACAUCGAUUAAUCCACCACCGGGUAUGACGAUUCCGGGCGUGGUAGCAGGCACACCGAAUGCCGUUUGCCCACCGAUGGUUGGAGUGGGAGCGGGUGGAACGACACCACCGCCUCCGAACCACCAGAACGGUGGUACGGUUAUCGUGAAGAUGAACGGCGAUGACAACGACGAACUGUCGGUUGUGGUGGCUACCGGCAACCAUCAUCUAAAUCUGGACCACAAUCAGGCGUAAAUUGGGUGUGCGUACACAGUCGCUGCGUUUGCAGCCGAUGCUUCCUCAUUGGGAAAACACAAGUAUUUAUUUGCAUUUAAACACAUUUCCUCUACGUUGGAAUGGGUGUUUUCUUUUUUUACAGUGAGUGAAGUUCGGCUAUACGUUCGGGGUAAGAACGAUGCCACCCUCCAUUGACCCCAUUUUCUGUCGGCUGAAGGUUUGGCCGUUUUGUCAUAGUUUUACAGGACGGAUUCGCUUUUACAUACCGUUAUAUAAAUACGACCAAUUUAUAUCUAAGUUAAGAACAGUAUUUAGUAUAGCGUAGUGUAAACGAUACAUACACACAGGCGUUUGCUUGUUUGUUUGUUUUUUUUUUUUGCUUUUAAGACGACAGUGAACAGCUCCACUGUACGUGAGAUAUUACCAUUUAGUACUCGUUAAUCCUUAAAGGACCCGAACCUCCCGAACAUCUUAUUCCUGGUAACAAACUGCGAAACACUAAAUCUAGUCGUCGAAUGUUCGAUAACGAACAAUCUGCAACCCGUAAUCCAGGCGCGAGUGCGAUUGCACUGUUCCGAUAGUGGGUUGUGUUUAAUUUUUCUACUAGCAUCUAAACACCGUAAACAAUGCAAAUUAUUUAACCAACAGCUAGUAUAGUGCUCGCCGCUUCGUUAAGCCGACAAGCGGGGGCGCUUAAAAUUGUGUGUACUGCUCUUCAUCGGUUUGUAGUAUAUUUUCUUCUUCUUCUGGUUUUUUGCUAACGUUGAGGAAAAUUCCUAUCGAGAAAUAAUCAUAUUGAUUAUGGUGGUACAGUUUCUUUUUUCGCUCUGUUUUACAUUUUGGGGAACUGUAAGACGCUUGUAGCGUCGAUUCAAACAAUCAUGCAAAUUAUUACGCACAACCCGCGUUGCGUACCCGCUUUGUCCGAAUCCUUGCUACCGAGCGUUUCCUGUUGCGUUCGCGUUGUAAAAAUGAUCGAUAAACCAUUUAGUUUGUACGCACCGAGUUAGCUGCUUAAGAAGUGCGUUUUAUAGUAUGUUUUUCAUUGUGUAAAUAGUGUUUAGUUGUAAGCAUACUGCUAAUAAGCAUUAUUCAUCCGGGAAGAGAAGAAGGCCGCUAAUGGCGAGAGUAUUGAAACGGCUGCAAAAGAAGAUCCAGUUUGUUCGAAAGGAGAUCGACUGACAACAAAACAGCUCAAUCCGUUGGUUGCAUACACCGAUUGCCGAAUCCGGUUACCGGAUAGUAACAAUUCCAUGUGUUGUCGUCGUACAAGCAAGCUGUUGAAACAAAUCACAAAUCUCAUCGAAUGAGAUAACCCUUACUAUUGAAAGCACAAUUGAAGAAUUCCACUAAAGCAACCGUAAGCCAUAUACCAUUUACCAUUGAAACACACAACAAAAGGAAAAGAAACACUGAUGCGACGAAUUACAAAUAGUAGAAACAUAAUGUUAGUGAAGGAAUCAUACCGGAAACAAAUGGAGGAAAACGAUGAGAUAUAAAGACUGGUUUUCUAAGCUUCUUGCUGUUUGACAUCACACCGAACAAAAUCUAUGCGGAAGAUAAAAUGGACAAGAUGCAGCACACAAACACAAAUGAACAAACAAAAUAACCACCAACCAUAACCACAAACAGAAACGAAUCGAACAAACAGCAUUUAAUGCAAAUGCGAAUGCGAAACAUGAAACAAAACGAACAAAGAAGCGAAACAUAACAAUUAAAUGAUCGAACAAACAUUAGGAACAAAACAAAUAGAAUGAUUUGAAAGGAUAUUUCUCCAAAUCUCUAAAAGUUGACAAAUUAAAUUAAAGUAAAGAAGUUGAAUGUGCCGUGUGCCAAAAAGAAAACGAACAAACUAUAACUAUAAAUCAUUUACUGCAACAAAAAAAUGCUGCGAUGCUCCUUGGCACAAAAGUACGGUUUGGUGGAAGGGAAAGUUAUUUCACGAUCGAUUACUGUUUGGCACUGGACUGUGCUGCAAAAUGAGCUCCUGUAUUUCUUAUAGUAAUAUAUAAAUCAACUUGCACUAUGUAUGAACAACACCGAAAUGGAACCGAAAACAACUUCUUUAGGAAGAGGGGAAAAACCAACAAGCGCCGUGAAUUGUACGUUUAUAAUACAAUGUGAUUAAUGCUAGUUUGUAGUAGAACCCGUACCAAUACGUCCCCCAUGUGGGUUCCGCUGUACUAGCGAAUCGUGCAUGUGUUUUUCUCUGCCCUCGCUUUACUCACACUUGUCCUGUCUUUUCUAAUAGAUUUACAUUUCGUUCCCUGUGCCACGUGUUUGCUGUACGGCAAAGGUUCCAUUUGCUCGAGUGUACAAUUGAAAUAGAAUAGUUUAGAGAAAAACAGACGAAAACUGCAUUAGUGAACGAGUAUGCACUAGUAUCCAACAUAACUCUAGAACAAUACUAAACUCCUUUUCCGGAAAGUUAACGUACGAUCGCCGUUCGAAGAAAACCGAAAAAAAACGCUGAUCGUUGACUACGGACAGACAUUUUUUGUUUUGUUGUUCAUCAACCAUCAGCAAAUAUAGUUCCUUGCCCGUAAAAAGAAAUCGAUACAUCCUUACCGCCAGAUUCCUUUUGUUUCGGGUUCAUUAGGUAAAAAUCUAAAUAUUUCGCAUUUCAUACACAAGGGCGCAUGACGAAGAAAAUGCAUUCCCUGCGAUUUGUGUUCACCAUUCCAGAAGCGCGUGAAACACAGUAUUAGAGGAACGCAACAGCUUCACACCCCAGUCCGAGACAGUAUUCCAUAGAAACAAUACAAUUACGUCCUUGGUAGAAAAGGGUCAUUCCUUUCACGAUAUGCGAUCGGGUGGUAGUGCCGUACCAAGUAAGUAGUAGAAAACAAUACAAAACAAAGUAACAAGCAAAACAUUCACGAAACGCGUAGUAAAAAAACAAAACAAAACUUCGAACGUAAACGUAGCUAAAGAAUUGUGGCAUUCGGAAAAUCUAGGAAAAUUUUGUGCAAAUUUGCACCGAACACCGACAAACGGUAAAGAAGCGAAGUGUAAGUAAUGUUAAAACAAAAAAAUGUCUCAUAAUUAAUUUAAACAAAAGGCACCCUCAGAUGCCAUGUGUACUACAAAACAAGAACAAGUGAAGAACAAAACAAGAAAAAAACCAAAUUUAAAUUAGGCUUGAAAUAAAUUAAACUGAAACUUCCCUGUGAAACAAAAAACAAAGGAUGAAAUUGCAUUUCGUGUGCAGUAUAAUGCCCCGCCAGGUGUUGGAGGGAAGGAAUUAAACAGCGAAAUGCGUAAAUAUGCUAAGAAAUGGAUGGAAAUUAAUGUGCGACGACGAGAUGGCUACAAACUGCUUGUAACAAUCCGUAGAAAGCAAUUGUGCCGCAGAAGGAAGCCAGUCAACUCACUCUGAUCGAGGACAAAAAUGAAUCGCGGCAAGUGUUGUUUCCUCUUUUGUUUUUCUAUCAGAAACCGCUCAAGGAAAGUAUGCAUUUAUGAUAACGUUAUGAUACGUACCGAACAACCGAUCAACGAGAUACACGACGCUACCGCAGAUGAUAGGUCGCGGGAUGAAUAGAGGAUGGAAGUAAUAAGAAAUUAUUCGACUAGAUUAGAAAUUAGAUGGACUUGGUGACAAGAGCCAUACCUGAAAGCACAAACAGAGAAAUAGCUGCGGGGUUUUUUUCCGGACGCAUGCAUGCACAAUCCUUGCCGAAGAUGCAUCCACAAGUAGGAGCGGAAAACAACCGAAUGCUUCCUGAGCUGAACAGGGGACAGAGAGAGCGAGAAUGUGAGAAUGAAGAGCGAUUAUUCCUUACGGUGCAGCUAGAAAUCGAAAUAAAUACAUGUAAUAUUUUAUGUGAAAAUUAAAACACAACUGAUAAUACAAA